GAGGUAGCUCUCUCGCUCUGCGCCGAUGUGGGGUAGCUCUCUCUCUUUCUGCGCCUCUACUGCGUUUGGAUUUCACGCUCUCGGAUAUUUAUUGAUUAAAAAAAAGGAUUAAAAAAAAUUAUUUGAAAUUUGAGUGAACGAAGAAAAACGAUGUGACAAACUCUUGGAUUAAUUUUGUAACUCUUGACCUUUGGAUUAAUUGCAUCUCAACUCGAGGGACUUUGAUUACCUUAUGUAUGUAAACAUAGAUUCAAAUUUUAGAACAUUUGGACUUCCUUCGUUCUGUGUUCCUUCCGUCGACCAUAUGACCAACACAAUUAUGAUGUCUCUGCCAUGACAUCCAUUACAGAUGGUCCUAUUAUAUCAUCUACAAUAGAUGGUAGCUGUGAGUCCACAAGUCCUGGAUCUUCCGCUCAACAAAGUGACUACCAAGAUAGCCCCCAAUGUUCUCCACAAAAUCAUCUACACAUCUAUGAUAGAAAAGGAAACGGCGAUGCCGGUGACGUGGGAAUCAAAGAGGAACCCCCCAGUCCGGUGAGUAACGAGUUCAUUAGCGAUGUCCUGAAGCUGGAACCAGACGCUGGUCCUCUAGACUUGGGCUCCAACCUUCCUUUCUGUGGCUCUAACAGAAGCAGUUCGUGCAGCUCUGAUUGGGCGACUAAGGUGAAAGAGUGGCAGACUGCUGAGCAGUUAACAAGAAUGAGAGAUGAAGAACCAUUAUUAAAGAAUGGAAGUGAUAGAAAGUUUAAUGAACUUUGCGUUGUUUGUGGGGAUAAAGCCUCUGGUCGUCACUAUGGAGCUGUUAGUUGCGAGGGAUGUAAAGGUUUCUUCAAAAGGAGUAUUCGCAAGCAGCUGGGCUAUGCUUGCAGAGGGAACCGGGACUGUGAAGUGACAAAACAUCACAGAAACCGAUGUCAGUACUGCCGUCUGCAAAAGUGCCUUGCCAUGGGCAUGAGAGCAGAUUCUGUCCAGUCUGAAAGAAAGCCUGCUGACUCCAGGGAGAAACCUGUGACCCCUCCAAUGGCUACGAGCUCUCAAAGAAUUUAUGUACGUAAAGAUUUACGAUCUCCUCUUGCUGCUUUGCCAACAUUCAGCUCUGAUAAGGAUCCCAGGAGUAAUGUAAAUGUAGGAAGUUCUGACCUCAGUACUUUGGCAAAUGUAGUUACUUCUCUUGUUGCCUUAAAACAAGAAAGUCAUCCUGAUUCUCCACUAGUCACUGUAAAUGGGGAGUCUCAAAGUCGAGCCCUAAGCCGUGAUAGCGUGGUUUCAAAAGCCUUUGAUACCAUGGUAAAGGUUGCCGGUGGUUGUAGUGAUCAGUUAGCAUUGAAUCUUGAACCAGAAAAUGACUCAUUAUUUGAAUUUGAUGGACCUUUACUUCUAGACUCCCAUGUUGCUUUUCAUUUAACUACACCAAACCCAGGAUCUUCAUAUUUAAAUGUUCACUACAUUUGUGAAAGUGGAUCUCGCCUAUUGUUCUUAUCAGUUCACUGGGCAAGAUCUAUAUCAGCAUUCCAGUUACUUCCACCAGAAGUUCAAGCUACACUGGUUCGAAGCUGUUGGAGUGAACUGUUUACAUUAGGAUUAGCUCAAUGUUCCCAAAUAAUGUCUGUGAAGACUAUUUUUACUGCUAUUGUCAGCCAUUUACAGUCCAGUGUUCAGCAAGAUCGCUUGUCAGCAUCAAGAGUGAAGCAAGUCACUGAUCAUAUUUGCAAAUUGCAAGAGUUUGUCAACUCAAUGCUUAGACUUCAAGUUGAUGAACAUGAAUACGCUUAUCUAAAAGCUAUAGUUCUAUUCAGUCCAGAUCAUCCUGCAUUACCAAGUGCACGUCAGGUAGAGAAGUUUCAAGAAAAAGGUUAUCAGGAAUUACGGUCAUAUAUUGGGCAGACUUUUCCUGAAAGUAAUGAUAGAUUUCCAAAGCUUUUGCUGAGAUUGCCAGCUUUGCGAUCAUUAACCCCAUCAAUUACAGAAGAACUAUUCUUUUCGGGCCUUAUAGGAAGUGUUCAGAUUGACAGCAUAAUUCCAUACAUAUUAAAUAUGGAUUCCAGUGAAUAUACCCCAGAAAUGGAAAUGGAAAAAAUUGACUUAACGCUAUUUGGAAACAAGCUCUUCAAAUAAUGUGGUUCUGUUGGAGGACAUGUGCCAGGGAGUAAUCUUCCACAGUGAUUUUUAUGAAGUGUCCUUCCCUAUCAAGACAUCAUGUUCAUAUUUUACUUGUAAAAUCAUAAUUUUGAACUUAAUUUGUUCAUACAUUAUUGCUUCAUGGUAGCCAAGCAAGAAUACAUUGUUCAUGCCCAGUUUUCUAUAUGAAAGUGUAUUUUAGUAAGUCAUUGUGUGUUUACAUUGUACAGUAGCGAUGGAGUUGGCUGACUAAUUUAUACAAAUUAUGUUAAAGAUUGCUGCAUAGUAUUUGUUACUUUUUUGUUAAAGUUCAUUUUUGUUAAAUCCGGUGGAAAAUGUUUUCUUUUAGUUCAUAAUUUUAUUUGUUGAAGCUUAAUUUUUUUUCUAAUGACGAUAGCAAGUUACAUUGUGAUAAAAAUUUUCUAGUGUUAUAAGAUAACUCUGUUGCUGAAAGUCGACUUUUUUAAUAUGUACUCACUUUUACAGUCCUAAGUUUGUACAUUUUUGCAACAGGUUUGAAGUGUUAAAACUUACAAAGAGAUUUUUUCACUCACUUUAGUACUUAAAUCUGGUAAUUCAAAAUGUAAUUGCUUACUAUUCUUGUACACAUGUUCUUUUCAUGACUAUGGAAGUAGAUGCUGAGCAUCAAUUGCUUAGUUUUUCUUUUAAAUUUUUCAUGAAUCACAAUAUUGUUGACUACAUUAUCUAUCCAUUAUCUCAACUUUUUAGCUCUGAAAAUGAGAACAUGUGUCUUUCUUUUAGAAAUCAUUUUUUUAAAGCAUCAUUGUUAGUAAUAUAGGUAAAUAUGAAGUAUUUUUUCUGUUAAAUUCUUAUAGUGAAAAGCACAUUCAAUAUACUAACUGUAUAUCUGUGAUAUUAUGUGCUACACAUAUUUUGUUGAAGUAUUAUUCCUAAGAUGUAUGUUAUGUUACGAAUAAAACCAUCUUAAACAUCAAAGAUGUUGCAUAAAUGUUCAUUUAUUGUCAAAUAACCAAGUUCAUUUGUAUCUUAAAUGUUUUUUUUCUGAGACUAAAACGUAUUUAUUUGAAGUAUUAGUUAAUUAAUAAAUUAAAACAUUGUUUUCAUACCAUUUGCGUGUAUAUCAACUAUCUAACGAAUGAUUAAACCUUAAGUUUUACUUUUUUUUAUGGGAGAAAAAAAAUCUCUGUUACUAGUCCUAGAAAAUGCCAAAGUUCUUUUAAUUUUUUUCCCAAAUGGCACUGAAUUUAACAUUUGUAUAGUAUAAAAACGAAAUUCUUCAUCUUUAUAUGAAAAUGUAUCCUUUUCUCUGGGAAAUCGAAGCAAUAUUCAAUUGUGAAAUGAUGAUAAGUUUUUAUAUAUUUUUUUUAUUUUAGGAAUUUCCAUCAUUGUAACAAUUUUGUGCAAUAUCAGAUUACGUGCUAUACAUACAGGUGAUUCAAAAGACAUCCAUCAUCUAAGUAGCCUCUGAAAAUAUAGUUUCAAAUAAAACUUUUAAAAAAUCCUAGUUUGAAAUAAAUUAAAAUUGCCAAGUAUUUGUCAUGAUAUUUUUAUUUAGACCCCAUACGUACCAUUAUGUUUCCAGAAAAAAGUAACUAAUUGCAAUUUUGUGCUAU